AUGUCACUUGCUGUUGCAACGGCGGCGCCCACCUUCAGCGCGCUCAAUAAGCCCCAGAAACGCGCGCUCAUUCUCCGCGACCAACUUCGCUAUGUUGACCCGACACAUCUGAACACAUUCAUCGAGGGCCUAAGCAACGACGAGCCACCCACAUACACUAGUGUGAAUGGGGUGGUCAAGCCUGAUCUGGUCUUUGUUACCCUCAAAGAAGAGGCCACUCGUUUCGAUCUCGGAAAUGUCAUACUACCGGAAGAAAAGAACGCCAUACACCGUAUCUACCUAAUGGUGGAGGAUAACCAAGUCCAGAUGCACGUUGAAGAUCCAUUGCCUCUGGAGGAGGAUGAACUCGAUUCUCAUCCCAUUCAUGGCUUCAUUGCUCGCGGUAUGGUACCUUUGUUCAAAGAGAAGUAUCAGAUUCUCUACAUAAGGGUGAACAAGAUCAAUGAGGCGAGGCGGGCUGCUUACAACAUGCCAAGCCAGGCACCGUUACUGUUCGAUGACGGAGAGACCCUUACUAGGCUCAACCCGAUGAAGGCUGAGAACGACCGCGCUCCUACUCACACGAGGAAGUCACGAAAGCGGCGUCCGAACGACGAGGUCAUUCCCCAUGUCUCCAACAAGCGCAAGCGCGCUGGUCUCGACAUAAUUCCGGAGGAUGUGAAGAGCAACAUCUUUAACACCAUCCCGAGCAAUAUCAAGGUCGACCUCUUCAAUUCAGUCGUCAAGACUGCGUUCCCCAACUUCAACAAUCUCAUGAUUGCGUCUUGGAACGUGGUCACGAUCUACUCUUCUUGUGGUAGCGACUUCCCGGAAUUACAUACGGCCAUUGUCGAUCUGAAGAGUGUCCUUCAAGAUUUCGACGAGACUUUUGGUCAACGCGUGGAUCGCGUCACGCCUAGUUACAGGCACGACUUUGGUGGGCCUUCGAGGGAUCGUAGAGAUGGAAACGGUGACCAAGACCGAGGUUCUACCCAGGAUCCAAGCCGUCGUCACGAUCACCAAGACAAACACAGUCAUCGCGAUGGAAACAACUCCAGGACUCCCGUUCCCCCCUUUGUACGAAACGGAGCAGGGAACGCUGAACAGCUCGGCAAUGCCACUGCCAAUGAUUCGGCCCAGUUCGAAGAUGACAUGGAAGUUCCUGUCGAUGACGUCGAAAACAUUGACGACGUGGCGGAACCUGAGAUGUCACCACCACGCGCGCUCCAGUCGUCUCAAGCCCAUGGAGAUUCAGACGAUGAUUCAGACGACGAUGAUGAUGAAAUUCCUCCUGUGGAUCCCCGCUCCACUCAGCGACUUGCAAACCAGAGCGUGGCUCGCCAGUCCCACCCAGAGCGUACCCCAGAAAUCCAUGAUAGAGGAAGCGUUACUACGUCGGCAAAGCCAUCACCGGGCCCACAGUACACUCAGCAAGCUCGCGAAGUCAACGGAGAGCCCCAAGAGCAGUUCGUCGACGAAGCAGAUGCUGAGGAUAGUGCUCUUGUCAUAUCUCAGACAGCAGGUUCAGAAUUGGCACGUCGUCGUGAGGAGUACGCGUCCUCUGUGCAGAAGAAGUCUCAGAGCGAAGCCCUCACUACUAAAACCAGGGCUGUAUCUAGCCCCCGGAAUGCAGCGAUUCCCGAGCAACCGCUUGUAGACGAGGCCGACUCCCAUUCCGAGCAUGAUCAGCCUGUACCACAGCUCGACGAUAGUCCCCCUGCCAUUCCGACUUCCAGUUCGCCAACUUCGCCACCUCCGCUAAAGAAGAGGAAGAAGGAUCGCGAAGCCGAGUACAGUGCCGCCCAGCUAGAAAAGAAGUACCAGGAGCGCAAGGCCCACAUCCUCCACUCUUUCCAGAACGACAUGAACAAGGUGCCACAGAAGGCCCGCAAGAACCUUCGAGAGAUGGAGGCCCUGAUCGAGCAGCGCAAGAAGUAUGAGGCGCAGGAGCAAGUUGACAAAAGCAACAGUAAAUCAGGACAGACUGUGCGCCCAGGUACCACCGCCGGUGGCAUGUUCGGCAACUACAACACAAAGUCCCUCGGCAAGUCUAUGCUGGGCCCCAAGAAACCGACGAACAUCGCACCAGUGGCCAAUAUGUUCCCCAACGGCACUAGAAAGGACCCGAGAGAUAGCGUCUCCAAGGGUACGAUGGGGACUACUCCCCCGUACGGCCGCGGCCGUUAA